AUGGGCAAGAUCAUCUUCUACGAGGACAAGAACUUCCAGGGUCGUCGGUACGAGUGCGAUGCCGACUGCUCAGACUUCCAUGCCUUCCUGAGCCGCUGCAACUCCAUCCGAGUGGAGAGUGGGGCCUGGGUGGUGUACGAGAGGCCCAACUUCAUGGGCUACCAGUACGUGCUGACCAGAGGGGAGUAUCCAGAAUAUCUCCGCUGGAUGGGCCUCAACGACCGCCUCAGCUCCUGCAAGCUGGUCCACUUUGUGAGUCACGGGGGAGCGCUGUACAAGAUCCAGCUGUACGACAAGCCCGAGUUCGCGGGGCAGGCGCACGAGGCCACGGAGGACUGCCCCUCGGUGCUGGAGCGCUUCCGCAUGUGGGACGUGCACUCCUGCAAGGUGGCCGAGGGCGUCUGGGUCUUCUACGAGCACCCCAACUACCGCGGGCGCCAGUACUUCCUGGAGAAGGGCGACUACCGCAAGCCCUCCGACUGGGGCGCGGCGUGCAGCACCGUGCAGUCCUUUCGUCGCGUCAUCACUGAGUGAU